AUGGUCUACGCGAGCCUCUACCUCCUGGUACCCUACAUUGUGAGGACCAUACUAUAUCCGGCCUGCUUCACGCCCGACUGCUACGACUUCCCCAGGGAACUGUCCAUGGCCAUGAACGUGGCCGAAGAUCCCUGCACCGACUUCUAUCAGUUCGUGUGCGGCCGCUGGAGUAAGGUUCACCCCGUGGACAAGAACCAGUUUACCAGCCUCCAGCGCAAGAUCUUCUUCAGCCUCUACGACGACAUCCGCAAGGGGCCCUGGAACCAACAGAGCGCCCGCGAGAAGUCCGCCAUCGCUCUGAGCAUGUGCGAGGACAUCUUCAUCAACCGCCAGGAAUACCUGGACGACCUCCGCAACGUCCUCAGUCAGCACCAAUUAGGCUGGCCCGACAUUCCCGACACAGACGUGGACGUCCUGGACGUCCUCGUGGGGCUCGCGCUGGACGCAGACAUCCACCUCCUCUUCCAGAUGAAGCUUGUGCCAAACUUCAAACAGGACGACCGGCUUAUACUGUCCCUGAGCCAAAGUCCCAGUUUGAUACUCUGGUUCCAAACCCGGGCCCUACACCUCGCCGGACCAUCGUUGGGAGAAGCCCUGCUACAGGUCGCCAAUGCGCUGGGCUCGGGACAGGACUACACUGCCUUGGUGGAAUCCCUGCUCAAGACGGACACGAACCUUAUGUCUAUGUACUUCGAGGGAAGGGACAAGGACCUGAUCGGCUACUCCCAGUUCCAGGAGCUUGGCGACCUAACCUCAGGCCGGAUCUCGUCCGAGCGAUGGCUGGAGGCCGUUAACAGGCACCUGCCGCAGGAAGCCCAGAUGACAGCCCAGAACGAGUUGUACAUCAUCGGCACGGCCUGCCUUGCAGUGACCAGUCGCUUCCUAAACAAGUACGCCAGAGAGACCCACCGACUGCGCUCUUUUCUAGGCUGGCAUGUUGUGCGCACUUUGUUGCCACUGGCUUCCUACCGGUUGACCAAGAAGCUGAUGGGAGAGUCCAGCGAGCCCCAAAUGGCCAUCACGUACCUUGAAUCCUGUAUCGGACGCGUGUCUGACAUCGCGCCCUACGCUCUGGCGCACUUUUUUUUCGGCAAGUUCCUGACGGAAACGGCGCUCAGGACAGCCGAGUCGCUCGUCAACGGCAUCCGAGAGGCGUCCCUGUUGUCCUUCCGCAAUUUGUCCUGGAUGGAGGAAGGCACCAGACGCGAGGCCCUGCACAAGCUCGCCUCGCUCCACAAGGUCGUCGCCUUUCCCAAGGGCCUGUCAUCCAAAGAGGCUAUAGACAACCAUUACUCUUAUCUUCCCGAAUUCAGAAAACAACAUGAUUUUUGUAUUUUCGUUCACAAAAACCUGAACAGCCACAGUGACUGCCAGUAUCUCAACGUGUACGUGUGUGCGCGCCGCAGGGAACCGUUUCUACGCACAUACACGGAAUCUCUGCGCGCCGCACUCGUGCAAUCCAAGCCGCUGCUGCGAGGCGGGCGGGGCAACAACUCCAUCAACCGCGAGCUGUACCUGCACACGCCACUGAUCGCCGUGAACGCGUUCUACAUGUUCGUGUACCACGUGAUGUUCAUCAUGCCCUCCAUCCACUUCCCGCCCUACUUCGACAGCAGGAUGCCGCUCGCCGCUCGCUACGGCGGCCUCGGUCACGUGAUCGGUCACGAGAUCACUCACGUCUUUGAUCCCUUCAUGGGCAACAUGGACGAGACGGGAGUCAAGGUGAACUGGUUUUCGGACGUGUCUCGGGUUCGCUUCAUCGGCCGUCUCGAGUGCCUGGUGCGCCAGUACAGCGAGGCCUCGCACAGCUACCGAGAGCCCACCUCGCUGACCCUGUCCGAGGACUUCGCCGAUGACAGCGGCUUGGAGCAGACCUUCGCGGCUUACCGAAGCGUGGUGCCCAGAGGGGACGCGAGUUCGGGCGUCGGCACGCUGGAGAACGACCAGCUCUUCUUUAUGGCCACGUGCCACAAGUGGUGCUCGGCGCGGCUCGAAGGGAAGAGCGCCUACUACUCCCCGAAGAACAUGCGGUGCAACGUGCCGCUCAUGAACAGCUGGGACUUUGCCAGGGCCUUUGACUGCAAGCCCGGAAGUCCCAUGAACCCGGUCCACAAGUGCUCCUUCAAAUGA